UUCCGUUCGGUUUUGGAAACUGGUCAAAAAGCAAAAUCCGUGAUUUUUUCCUUCUGUUUGCUUGUCAUCCGCCUGACAUGACAGUAUAGCGCUUCUUUGACCUUGGCCGUAAUCUUGCAAGAGGCGAAAGCGAGCGUGCGAGGACAGAAGUAACGCCGGAGAUAAGACAACGGCGCGAAGACCCAUCCCGGUGGCGAGUUGAUCGGAUCCGUUGAACUUGAGAUACCGGGCUUGUAGCCUAAACUUAGUUGCUGAUACACAGACGUUAUCUCGGGCAAUCACUCGAGAACUUGAUCCAUAUUAGUGACUAAAUUAGAUUAUGCAGGCGUUGAAUUGGAGUGAUUGAUCCACGUUCCUUCACGCGGAGGAAACGAUGUUAAACGCAUGAAAGAUAUCAGGCUCCUCGGUCAUUUAAAUAAAGUCGAGACCGUCGUUCGAGCGAUUAACCUGAUUGAAUAUGACUGAUACGAAGCGGGAAUUUGAAUCGCCUUUUUUCUUGUUCUAUAAACGAAAUUCUGAGUACGUUUCUCUGCGCAAACGCGCUCUUCUGAAGGUGCAGAAGUCGUGGCCGCCGCCUUCAGCCAUGGGGAAAGUGGAGACGGCGAAGGAGAGGGCGGGCUUCGACCUGCACAUGUUCGGCCGCCUCUGGAAGAUCGUCAGGAUCAUCUUCCCCGGCUGGUGCUCGCUGCCCGCCGGCCUCUUCUUCCUGCUCCUCUUCCUGUGCGCGCUGGAACAGUAUCUUGCAUACUUCAUGGGUCUUGUUGCAAGUAAAUACUAUGCAGUUUUUGGCGACAGAAACUUUGACGGUUUCAUUACGCACACCCUGAAGACCUGCGGUUUGAUAUUGGCCAUUUCAUCUGUGAUAAGCGUGAAGAUGUACAUCAACAGCGUCUUGUACAUCACCUGGAGACAGCUGCUUGAUAGAGUUCUCCACCGCCUCUACUUCUCAGGGAUCAACUACUACACUCUCAAUGUUCUCGAUUCUAAUGUUGAUAACCCAGACCAACGCAUGACCCAGGACGUUGACAAAUUGUGUUCGUCAUUGGCAACAAUAACAACAAAGGUUAUAAUAGCACCGUUUCAGAUUGGCUAUUACACUUACAAAACCUAUGUAGGAACGGGAUGGCUUGGACCAGUCAGCAUCUAUGCCUUCUUUUUAGUUGGCACAGUAGUCAACCGCAUCGUCAUGUCUCCCAUUGUGAAGUUUGUCAUGAAGCAAGAAAAAUGUGAGGGAGAUUUCAGAUUCAAGCACAUGCAAGUACGUGUAAAUUCAGAAUCGAUAGCCUUCCACGUCUCAGGGCCAGUAGAAUCUUGCAAGACAAACCGAGCUUUAGAUAUCUUGGUGCGAGCGCAGCAGAGGCUCUUCAACAGACAGAUUAUUUUGAACUUCACAAGAUAUAUGUUUGACUACUUUGGUUCCAUCAUCUCCUAUCUGGCCAUUUCAAUACCCAUUUUCAGUGGGAAAUUUGGUGAAGAUGAAGAUAUUUCGUCCAUCGUUAGUGCCUAUGCCUUCGUCUCAAUGUACCUGGUGUUCAGCCUGACCUCACUCGUGGACUUGGGCAGUCAGGUAGUGGUGUUGUCAGGCGUGACACAUCGUGUCGCUCAAUUGGUCGAGAGGCUGCUCAAACUCCAGCAUGAAUGGGAUAUUAAUACACUUCAGGCCUCAUCUUCCUUUACUAACAUUACGCAGAAUCUCCGAAAGCGAUCUGGGUCAAGAGAAAGCACUGCGUCAUCUAGUGACUCAAGACGCCUUAUUGAGGACUCGCCUGAAAAUGAAGUCGAGGUGUGUGGGGAAGAUCAGACAUCCUUAGACAUUGCCUUCAUUCUGAGAGAUGUCACUAUUUCAGCCCCAGGAUCAAAUAAGAUACUGGUUUCAGAUUUGCAGCUGGUCAUCAAGAAAGGUGAGAGUCUGCUGAUCAUGGGACCAAGUUCUGCUGGAAAGUCGAGUAUCCUGAGAGUAUUGCGCGGGCUGUGGCCGGCUGCUCGAGGUACUGUGGCUCAUGACUUCCCACCAGGACCCAAGUGUGUGAUUUUCCUUCCACAGAAACCUCUUAUGACUAAUGGCUCUUUAUUGGAACAGAUCAUCUACCCUCUGCGCCUAGACCCCAAUAGUCCCGUUAGCUCAGAGACAUGCGAGGAGAUCAAGAGUCGUUUAGACGCGCUCCACAUGAGUGAGUUGGUUGCCAGGUGUGGAGGCCUACAAACGGAUCCGGAUUGGAAUUGGAAUGAUGCCUUAUCACCAGGAGAGAUGCAGCGGGUGUGUUUCCUGCGCAUUCUUUACCACAAGCCACAGUUCGCUUUGCUGGACGAGGCAACAAGUGCUCUGAGCCUCGAUGUUGAAGAGCAGCUCUAUCAAGCCUGCCUGGACCAGAAUAUCACGAUUAUUAGCGUUGCACAUCGAGAGUCUCUCAUUAAGUAUCACAAUUAUUUACUCAAUCUUGACGGGAAGGGAGGAUGGAAGAAGGAGCCAGUGAGUUAGGCAGGAAAGGAAAGAAGCCUGGAGCUUUUGAGUUUUAGUCCAGGAUUGCCGUGUUCUUUCACGUCUUCCUCGGUCUGUAUUUUUUAAUUGUGUGUGUGUGUGUGUGUGUGUGUGUGUGUGUGUGUGUGUGUGUGUGUGUGUGUGUGUGUGUGUGUGUGUGUGUGUGUGUGUGUGUGUGUGUGUGUGUGUGUGUUGAUAUCCAUGAUUCCUUUAUUUGGGACUAAAUUUAACUUCUAAUCUUUUAACCACUGCAAAGGAAUUGUAAUAUACUUUUCACUUGCAAAUUGAGAAAUUACAUUCCUAAAACUAGCAAUAUCACUGUACAGGAAAUAAGCGAAAAGAUAAAUUUGAAUUUAUGUACUUACAUGAUAUGAUUAUAAAAUGACUUCCACAUAUAUGAAUUAGGUAUUUUAUGCAAGUUUUGAAAAGGGGACUAGAUUAUAGAAUGUAUGAAAGAGUUUAUUUUUAUUAGGCAAAGUUCCUACAGUUGUUGGUGAGUAGUUAGGUAGGAAUCUAUGCUGUAAAUGCUGAUUUUUUGUAGUUAAAAGAAGAGUGCAAAUCAUAGGUCAGAUUGUGUAAGUGCUUCUGUUCAGAGCACUCAUUGAGUUUAUAAUGUUUUGUAGGCCUAUGAUGAUUAUAUUUUAGACUGUGCUUUUAUAGCAAAUAUGUUUGAAGAACUUUUUUAAUGUUUCUGUUCGUAUUAUCUCUACUGCAACAAAGAUGUGUGUAUAUAUUUUCCUGUAGUUUAGUGCCUUCCAAAAGUAAAAAUCCUCAUUAUAUUUUAGAUACUAAUUUUAUAAAGUAGUGAUACUAAGUUGUUAAUAUAAUCACAAAGUGUAUGUCAUGUCUGAGUUUUGUUUAUACAAAGAUGCUGCUUUGUCCACUUAAAAGUAUUCAAGUACUUAUAGACACACACACACACACACACACACACACACACACACACACACACACACACACACACACACACACACACACACACACACACACACACACACACACACA